AUGGGACAUCUCAGGUCAGACAGCGGGUACUGGACAGCUGAAGCAUGGGAUCCAGAUAACCGCGUCUACGCAGGUGCCGAAAUCUUCCACACACACCAUUUUGCCGUCGAGCCGGAUGAGCGGAAGCCAGUUCAAGCUGAACCUCAGCCAUGCCUCAGGGCGCGUCAAGAUUCAGCUGGUUACUGGGGAGCGCUCGAGAGUGAUGCGACCGUCGAGGUGGACAUUGCCAGUUUGCGUCUCCGCGACGACGCAGGCCGCAGACCUGCCAGGGUCUCUUUUGACGAAGGUGCUGAAGUGAACGCUUCACCAGAAUCGAGCAGCCAGCCGAACCUUGCAAGGAAGACAAGCGAUUACUGGAAUUCCGAAAACUGGGAUACGGCCCACCACAUUCAAGGGAACCCUCGAGAAAACUCGACCCCUACGACGGAAGCCUCGAGCAAUCUAUCCAGAAAGGGUAGCAAUGCUUACUGGGAUGCGGACCAGUGGGACCCUGAUCAGCGGGUGUAUGUGGGAGCAGAAGCAGGGCAGAAGACGCACCUCACAGCAGUCAUCGAUCAGGGUGAGGACAAGCUGCGCCGCGCUUGGGCUGGAGGCUUGACGUGCGCAGCGUACAGCAACCAAAGCAUGGAUGGCAACAGAAGUGCGACAACCCUUGACCUUGCCACAGCAGUAGGGCAAAAGGAGCUGCCUGCCUUGAAGGACUUGUACGAUGUUGCUACAGAUUCCGUUGGCUCCGGGAGUUUCGGCGUUGUUCGCCUGGCUCGCCACUACGAGUCAAACCAGCAGUGCGUAGUGAAGCUGGUGAAAAAGGCCCAGUGUGGCAUGUACAAAGCGCAGGUGGAAGGUGGGCUCUACGAGUCACUUCUCAACAUGUCCAGACACUUCUCGCACAAAAACAUCGUGCAGUACCUCGAUGCCUUGGAAAGCAACGACCACUACUAUGUGAUUAUGGAAAACCUGAGUGGUCCAGAACUUCUGGAGAAGAUGGAACGUGAGUUCCCAGUCACAGAGAGGCAUUGUCAGGAAGUCAUGCAGGAGGUUGUGUCGGCGCUGGCACACAUCCACAAUGUACCCAAAAUUUGCCACCGAGACAUCAAGCCCCCUGGCCAUGUUGAGACUAUGGAGCUUGACAACUUCCGCUACCGGAGCCCCGAGCCGGGUGCACCCUUGGUAUUGUUGGAUUUUGGCUUUAUGGCUCGUUUGGAUCAGCCCUGGGAUGGCAAGAAGUGCGGCACACGCAUGUUCAUGGCUCCGGAGAUACUCCAGGAGACUGUGCAGCAGGAGGACAUGCCAGCAAUGGAUAUGUGGGCAGCAGGAGUUCUGCUGUACCUCCUCUUCACAGGCGAUUGCCCGAUCCAGCAGGAAGACAUGCAAAAGCUGGCCACGAAGGGACCUGCUGGCAAAGAUUUGGUCCUCAAGGCUUUGGAAGCCGACCUCUUGAAAUCUGUCUCCAAGGAGGCGACAGACUUGUUACAGAGACUUCUGGACUUGGAGGCAUCAAGUCGGCUUGUUGCAGCUGAUGCGAUGCGGCACCAAUGGCUGUCCAUGGAUUUGGAUGGUGGAGCUCGAGCUGUGCCAGCCCGCAGAGAGUCUUACAGGCGCAUGGCCAGCAAGAGCGCCAAAGAGGCCCCAUUAGAGGAACAGUGA